AAAUACCCCCUCACGAUUGUGGCCAAGGUUCUGGAGCUACUUGAAUGCCGUUUCCUUGGUGCCUAUGAUAUCGGUUGCACGUUUAAUUCGACAAUCGACUCAAGCAGUCUCGGCAAACGGUUCACGGAGAUGGAGUGUCAGAUGUUUGUAGAUGCAUUCCAUGGGUACGCACACAAUUACAAGUGCCAGGUUAACAAUCACCCUCUCAGGACAACCAGUGCAGGUUUGGAGGACUUCGAGAUGAUCGAACAAAUAUUCAGCGCAUGCAACACCUUAGCCACAGUAAUACGCUACGUGAGUCAGUACCGCCGGCACAUGUUCCUUGAGCUAUUUUUCCAGCAGUGGGACAAGGAGAAGUACCAGACCCUCAGUACUAUGCUUCUUAACAACUACAAACAAACACUCGCCAUUAUUGAUACUGAGUCCCCGAAGCUCGAGGAAACGAAGGCACAGCUCAACAUCGAGGACAGCAACUCCGAGACCUGGCAAGCAGAGGAGCUUGCCUACUUUGAGACACUUGGCAAGGAGCCCGUGUACAAUGUCUAUGCUGUCACGUAUGCUGAGGUGCUCAAGGACAUGCAGCGGCUCGAGUCCAAAUAUGCAAACACCUUCAUCGCGUUCAUUGACACCAUCCCGGGGGGCUACACGGCUGCCGACGUGCAAGGUGUCAACAUGUACGAGGCAAGUGCAGGUGCGACCAAGCGUCUCACUGCUGUCACCCAAGACAUCGUCAUAUUUGAGCAGAAGAAGGGGCUGGCUCAUCGGUGGGAGCUGUCAUCCCCCGAGUACAAACAUGCCAAUGAGUCGCUCACCACGCGGAUGUUCCAUUGGGCCCUUGAUGAGUUGCAACGUCUUGUCAUUCAAUGUCUAUUUGAGCUUUAG